UUCAACCGACCGUUAGAUCCCUGUAAAACGCCUUUCAUGUUUUUAUGUGAUUUGUUGGUUCUUCGUCGAAAUCUGAGGCAAAUACAAUGAGAGAGGUAAAACAAAAAUAAAUUAAUUAAUGAAGAAACCCCACAGAAGCAAUUAAAUGAAACUUUUUUAGAAUAAAAACAAAAUUUAAAUUUAAUUUUCUGGUAUCAAUUUCUCACCAACAAUUCUUUGGAAACCCCGCCAUUGUUUUUUUCUGUCUUCUAUGUAUAAUCAUUGACAAUCACAUUCACGUUCUUCCCUUCAUGUCUCCUUCUUUCAUCACCAUUAACAACCAUGAACGCGGCCGCUGCCACCAGCGCCACGACGACGCUUCUUAGCUCUCCUUAUAAACGUUCUAACAAGGCUAACGUCGGAAGCAACGACUUUAACGUCAUGGUUGAUAAGAAAAUAGGCGUUCAUGGCAAUGGUGGUUAUUAUAAUGUUUUUAACGGUGGAUUUUAUCAUGGGAAAGCCUCGUUCUUGAAGUGGACUCUAGAUGACGUUGUGUACGUGGCGAGAUAUCACCGGCUACCGUGUGUUUUCGCGGCCGGAUUGUUGUUUUUCAUGUACGUGGAGUACUCGCUUCAGAUGGUGCCGGAUUCGUCGCCGCCAUUUGAUUUGGGGUUCGUCGUUACCCGCUCCUUCCAUCGCGCUUUGGUUUCGUGGCCGGAACUUAAUACGUUAUUAGCUGCUCUUAAUACGGUGUUUGUUGGGAUGCAGACGGUUUAUAUACUGUGGACGUGGCUAAUGGAGGGUCGGCCAAGGGCCACAAUUUCUGCUUUGUUCAUGUUUACAUGUCGUGGGAUUCUUGGUUACUCCACGCAGCUCCCAUUACCUGAGGAAUUUGUAGGAUCAGGAGUGGAUUUUCCGGUAGGGAAUGUAUCAUUUUUCCUCUUCUUCUCAGGCCAUGUUGCUGGAUCAGUGAUUGCAUCGUUAGACAUGAGGCGGAUGCAGAGAUGGGAAUUGGCAUGGUUAUUUGACACUCUCAAUGUGCUCCAAGCUGCGAGGUUGCUAGGUACAAGGGGUCACUACACCAUUGAUUUGGCUGUUGGUGUUGGUGCUGGAAUUUUAUUUGAUUCCCUCGCUGGCAAGUAUGAAGAGAGCAAGACAAAAUCUGCACUUGUUUCUGGUACCAUCAAAGAGCCUUUCUUAAGCUAAAAGAAGAAAAUGGCAUGCCAAAAAUGCAGUCGUAAGUUUGAACAUGGGUAGUCAAUAGUCAUUACUAGUCAAUGAACUUUUUUAAAAUGUUCAAAUUUGAAGAACGCAAUGAAAGUUUUUAUAUUUUGAUCAUUCAAAUUGAAUCAUGUGCUAAUUCAAAUGGUGUCAUUUUCCAAGAAUCAGAAACUCUUCAACGAGAUUGUCAUGCCAUAGCCUCUUCGCUUUCAGCUCAAGUUAGGCAGGGCUUCACCUAAGGUAAAAGUGGACUGAGUUCAUGCGAAAAAGAAUUCUUAUCGUACCAUCAUAUCCUUUCAUCUCUAAAUUAUGCCAUAUAAUGGUGCAGUCCAAAUCCUUUUCACUGCCAUUUAAACGAAGCAUGAUUGAAAAAGCAUGAUAACGAAACCAAUGCAUCCGCUCAGCUGAAAAGCAGUGUUGUUUGAUGAACGUAAAAGCGGAUGUCUUUCAGCACG